UCAAAUGAAACAACGAAAGAUCCGAAUGCAACCUGCGAUGCAAAAGAAAACUGUAAUCAGGUGCCAGAUUCGACCUCGGGCUUUCUCCGGUGUGUGGGAUUGCCAUCGACGGACACGGGGAGAGAUCACAUGCGGAGGCUGAAAGACAUGCUUGAAGCGGCGAUGGACGUGUACACGUUCAUGAGGUCCAGCAUGACAGGCGUGCCACUUCUCAGCCUGCAGGGGGCGCUGGAGUUAAACCAGGAAGCCGACCCUCUCCAGAAUGAAGAUCUGGUGCACAUGUGGAUGGAGGUGAAGAUGAAACCGCUGCUGAAGUCCAUCACCAAGAACUUCCUGUCCUGCCUGAGCACCAAGAACUUCAGCUGCUCCUCCUACCAGACCGUGGUGAAGGAGCUCAGUCACCAUUUUUCUGAGAUGGAUCCAGUCAGACAGAAGUGGAUCUACACUUUCUUCAUGCAGCCGUUUCUGUCUGGAGACAGAGUAGAAGGCUGUGUGGGCAGGAACGAGAGCAGUGAGGAGUGGCUGAUGAAGAACUUUGGCGCCUUCAGAGCGAUGGCCCGCAUGAAGGACUUCUCAGCGCUCAACAUGGUCUUCAGUGGAUUGGAGGUUCUCCACCUGCUGUCUCCGGCGCAGAAGGCCGAGCUGCUGAUGAUGCCUGAGGUCGCAGGUUUGGACAACGGCACCCUGACCCUGGUCUUCCACAGUUUGUUGACAGGCAGCACCGGCCCUCCGCCCCCGACAGGCGGCCCUGGAUGGGGCCACAACUGGACCACCCCUGAAUACCCGCUUAGCAUUGGCCCACCUCAGCCCCCACAGAACACCUUCCAAGAGAUUGCAAAUGGUUUCAUGAUGGCGUUCAGACCUGUCGGGAGCUUCGUCCAUGACUUUGUGUCCUUCACACAAGAGAGGGACAUUUCACAAAUACGAAGCACCACUCUGACCCAGUUCCUGCUCAACUGGACUCUGGCUGAGCUGGCAGACAUGUACCGAACAAACGACACAGCCGUGGUUCCCGAGCAGCUGGAGUUUGACGUGACGGAUGUGGAGGAUUGGUACAAGCAGGUGGUGAUGCCGCUGUUACGGAGGUUCCUGCCGAAUGAAGAGGCCCUGCUGGACGGAAACAUCAAACUCGCCUUCCACGAAGUGUUCUAUCUGGACCACCGCAUGGACAACGAAACCUCUGAACACAUGGACGUCUGCAGCAUCACUCUUGAUAAGCGUCCCUGUGGGCUCACGGACGCAGUGGAAAAUGUGGCGAACGUCUUGCACUGCGCCGCUCGUACCAACCUGACGAUGUCUGAGGAGACGAUCAUGAGAAUGAUUUCAGAGCUGAUGGGACGUCUGAACUCGCUGAUGAGGGAGUUGUCCACCGCGAACUUCACCGAGUUGGCGUCUGACUUUAAGGAGAUCUUCAGCGAGGCCGACUCUUCGCCGAUGACCAAGGAGCACCUGAACGACCCGGACUUCAUCAAACUCUGGUUUAAGGUCAAACUGAUGCCCCUCCUGCCCGACGUGCCCACAGGCCUCCUGUCCUGCCUCAGCACCAAGAACUUCACCUGCCCAGUUUACCAAACCAUUGUGGCAGACCUCAGUAGACACAUGAGUUUCAUGGACGCCGACCCGAUGUUCAGUCAUAAUAUCUACAGGCACUUUAUCUUUUCCUUCCUGCUGCAUCACAACACCUCUGAUCCUGGCUGUGUGUCCUCAGCCAAUCACAGUGCAGAAUGGCUGAAAGACAACUUUGGUUUCUUCUCAAGAUUUGCCUCCGUCACCGACUUCUACCUGCUCCACUCAAACUUCUCUGGACUGGAGGUUCUUCACCUCUUGACUCCCGACCAGACGGCAGAGAUGCUGCUGCUGCCUCUUCCCGCCCCUCCUGAGAAACACGUCGUCAUCGACCGAGUGUUUGACUUCCUGCUGGAGUCACCCGAGGAGAGGAAUUUUGCAUCGGUCCUGCACUCGCUGGUCAAACUCACCAAAAAGGACGAUCCACCGUGUGGUGUCUACAAACAAAUAUUUGAGAGAUUGUACGGAGCGAUGCCAUCUCUGCCACCAGACCUGGAGCCGGUCAUCUGGGCCGGCAUAGACAGCCUGACAAACAUCGCACCGGAGGAGUGUGUGCCAGAGGACAUUGCGUGCCCAGUAACCCUGUACAAUGGCACUAAAGUCUGCAGAGGAGUUAACAGCUCUGCCCUGCACCUCCACCUCAACACCUCUACAGAAGUUUCCUGCAACGUCACCUUGGAGACAUAUGCUUGUGCACAGCUGGAGAACUUCUCAGCCCAUCAGCUGGUGUCUCUUCUGAAGUGUAAUCUGCCCGGAAACAGCAGCCACUCCAAAAUGCUGUGGAAGAUGGUGCUGACCAAGUUAUCCUUUGUGCUGGAUCCAGCUCUGGACAUCUUGGCUAACAUGUCCGCGGUUGUUCCUUCAGCGAUGGAGGUUCUGGAUGUGCUUGGAGAGAUCAGAGUGUCGAUGCUGACUGACGAGCAGCUCAGGAACAGCAGUGUCAUCAUGACGUGGUUCUCCGGACGUCUGAGCGGGUUUCUGCCGUCGGCGUCAGGAAGGUUCCUGCACUGUCUGAUCCGCAGGAACCUCAGCUGCCACUCGUACCAGCAGAUUCUGAAGGUUUUCAGCCACCAGUUUGACAGGAUGGACCUAAUGCAGCAGCACCUGGUCCUCAAGGAUUUUGUCCUCCGUUUCCUGUCGCACUCAGGUCCAGACUGUGUGUCCAACAACAGUGCAGAGUGGCUGAUGAAGAAUCUGGGUCCGUUCUCACAGUUCUUGUCCCUCAAAGAGCUGCUUCACCUCAACCCACAAUUUAACCCUCUGGAGGUCCUCCGACUCCUGACUCCUAAUCAGACUGCAGAGCUGCUGGUGUUGACUCUUCCAGCUCUUCCAGACAAAGACGUCCUCAUAAAUAAGAUCUUUGAUCACCUGACUCAGUCUCCUGACCAGAAGAAAUUCACAGAGUUCCUGUCCAGCCUCACCAUGUUGCCCCAGCUGGGAAACUUCUCCUGUGCAACAUUCAGAACACUGUUUGACAGAAUGGACUUGGCCAUGAUGAAUGUUUCUCUCGAUGUCGUGUCAUCCAUCACAUACAGCAAGAUUACUUUAUCCAGGCACAUACCACCAGGUUGCAUCAUUUACAGUGGAGAGUGCACAGUUACCAUGACAAACGAGACAGACAUUUGUGUUGGAGUGAACAGCACGAUGCUGCAGCUCCACCUGGACAGCAGACGGAUGAACGGAAGUUUCUGUAACUUUCCUGUUGAGGAAUUUGCUUGUGCCUCGCUGUCAGGGCUGAAAGCCGAGGAUCUGGCUGAGUUGUUGACAUGUCAUCGCUCCUCCAACUCCAGCAGCUCCAGACCCGUCUGGAAGCUUCUCCUCUCCAAAGCCUCACAUGUGCUGGAUGAAGCUCUGGAUCUUCUUACCAACAAGACUCUCGACCCCAGAAAUCCUGCAGUGAUGAUGAUUUUGGACGCUAUACGAGAAAUCCGAUUGGAUACAUUCGGCAGUGCCGGCCUCAGUAAUCCCGCCCUCAUCCAGCUGUGGUUCAACCGACGGCUUCUUCCAUUCCUGCCUGCAGUUUCUCCUGACUUCCUGUCAUGUCUCACCACGAAGGGACUGAACUGCAGCAGCUACCAGCAGAUUGUGCAGGUUUUGAGCCGUGUCCAGCCACACAUGACACACUCCGGGCAGAUGUUUGUCUACACACACUUCAUAAAGGCUUUCCUGACCAGGCAGAACACCACAGGUCCAGACUGUGUGUCCAACAACAGUGCAGAGUGGCUGAUGAAGAAUCUGGGUCCGUUCUCACAGUUCUUGUCCCUCAAAGAGCUGCUUCACCUCAACCCACAAUUUAACCCUCUGGAGGUCCUCCGACUCCUGACUCCUAAUCAGACUGCAGAGCUGCUGGUGUUGACUCUUCCAGCUCUUCCAGACAAAGACGUCCUCAUAAAUAAGAUCUUUGAUCACCUGACUCAGUCUCCUGACCAGAAGAAAUUCACAGAGUUCCUGUCCAGCCUCACCUUGUUGCCCCAGCUGGGAAACUUCUCCUGUGCAACAUUCAGAACACUGUUUGACAGAAUGGACUUGGCCAUGAUGAAUGUUUCUCUCGAUGUCGUGUCAUCCAUCACAUACAGCAAGAUUACUUUAUCCAGGCACAUACCACCAGGUUGCAUCAUUUACAGUGGAGAGUGCACAGUUACCAUGACAAACGAGACAGACAUUUGUGUUGGAGUGAACAGCACGAUGCUGCAGCUCCACCUGGACAGCAGACGGAUGAACGGAAGUUUCUGUAACUUUCCUGUUGAGGAAUUUGCUUGUGCCUCGCUGUCAGGGCUGAAAGCCGAGGAUCUGGCUGAGUUGUUGACAUGUCAUCGCUCCUCCAACUCCAGCAGCUCCAGACCCGUCUGGAAGCUUCUCCUCUCCAAAGCCUCACAUGUGCUGGAUGAAGCUCUGGAUCUUCUUACCAACAAGACUCUCGACCCCAGAAAUCCUGCAGUGAUGAUGAUUUUGGACGCUAUACGAGAAAUCCGAUUGGAUACAUUCGGCAGUGCCGGCCUCAGUAAUCCCGCCCUCAUCCAGCUGUGGUUCAACCGACGGCUUCUUCCAUUCCUGCCUGCAGUUUCUCCUGACUUCCUGUCAUGUCUCACCACGAAGGGACUGAACUGCAGCAGCUACCAGCAGAUUGUGCAGGUUUUGAGCCGUGUCCAGCCACAGAUGACACUUUCAAAGCAGGUGUUCGUCUACACACACUUCAUAAAGGCUUUCCUGACCAGGCAGAACACCACAGAUGUCAGCUGCAGCUCAAACACGAGCAACAGUGGAGACUGGCUGCAGAAGAACUUGGGAGGUUUCUCCGCCCUCGUGUCCUUCCGGGACCUGCAGAUGCUCUACUCCAACUUCUCCGGGAUGGAAGCCUUACCACAGCUGACGGUCAGACAGCUGGCAGAGAUGUCCGCCACGCCUGGACAGCUCAGCUCCUCCGCCCAGGUUGCCACGGUGAUGAAACACGUCCCCACCGAACACCUCUCGGCCUUCUUCGAUGACUUCUCACCUGCUAUGAGCAAUCAUCAAAACAUGUUCCCCUCUGCGGUGAGGUCGGCCAUGUUGCAGGUGGUGUUUGACCGCGCAGACCUCUCGAAUACCUCGACGGUAGCUGAUGCAGUUGUGAUGCUGUGGCUCCACAACCGGAUGAGCCCCCUGCUGGUCGACCUGUCGCCAAACCACGUUGCGCCGUUCUUCCGCAUUCUGGCGGGAAGAAACUGCAGCGUCGAGCAGCAGGGAGUCGAAGACCUGAAUUCAACAAUCUCCUCGCUCAGGGAAGUCACGAAGAAAGAAAUCCACAAUCACAUCAUUCAGUCGCUCAGAGGACCAGUCCCUCUCAAGUGCUACGGUGACAACUACAACCACAGUUUCUACUCCUUCAUCGAGCGCUCGUUCAUGGGAUUCCAGUUCCCCAACCUGACCACCUUCAUCUCCCUCAUGACUCACAACAGGACGCAUCAGCUGGUGAACUCCAUGCCUCCGUCACAUCUCGGGGAUUUCCUUCGUCGUCCUGACGUUGUCGACAACGAUGCCGAGCUCUGUGUGAUCUACAGCAACUACAUCCAGACGCCUGUGUUCCUGGAGACUGAGUCUCUCCCGGCGGCGGUGCGGCGGCCCACGCUGCCUUGCGUCUGGCCCGUCGCUCUCAGCAGCUCCAGCAGGUCAGAGGCCGACGCCUGGUUCGACCGACGCCUCCCCAACUACUUGGCGUUCCUCAGCAAGACUCUGAUCGGCUCCAACGUGACACACAACGCCUCCUGCAUGGCCUUCCAGAAGCUCGUCUCUGUUCUGGGUGAAAACAACUACACCACUGCAGACUUCACGAGGGAGGACUUUUUCAACACCAUCAGGUCGUAUCUCACCUCAGCGACCGUGCCGAGGUGUUACAGCCAGUCCGACCCAGAGCUGAACUCCACGGCCUGGUUUGCUGAAUACAUCGGCCCGUUCAUUUCUUUCCUCACUCUGGAGGACUUCCAGACAUUCGGCUCUGCACAGAGUAUCCAGGUGUUCACAGUGAACCCUCUCAACAUCGCACUCUUCAACCACUCCGUCUUACCUGUCAACGUCACCAACUACUACACUGAGCUCAUUUAUCAGCAGGACAGCAACUUCAAUCCCUUACUUCUUCCUCUGGUGUUUCGGUGUGUUGUUCCCGGUCCAGCGUUCCUCCAGCUGAACGCAGCACAAAGUGAAAUAGUUCUGUACAACCUGACCACCCUCUGUACAGACCUGGACCCACAGGUCGCUGCAGCUCUGUCGAGUAACUUCGGCGACAACAUUGACGCCUCGGUCAUUUCUGCCCUCGGCAGCGAGAGCACCGGCAUAUCCACCGCUCAGAUCGCCAUGAUCAGGCCUCAGGACUUGAUCGCGUCCAUCGGCAUCCUCAGCAGCGUGAACGGCUGGAGUGAAGGUCAGGCCAAGGCCAUCAUCCAGUCGCUGAUGUCUUCGGGGAUGAUGCAGAUCACCAAUGCGUCAGCGCUGCUCAUGCUGGGCUCGCUUGUUACGGGAAUUCCUGCAACGACGUUCAGCAGCAUCAGCGGCUCCCAGCUGAUCACUGCGUCCCAAAAUCCCUCGUUUGUGACACACCUGACGUCCGCUCCUCAGAUCGUCCAGCAGACCUUCGUUACUCAGAUCAUAUCCGUGAACAGCAACAGUGAGACGAUCAUCCAGAACGUUCCGGAUGAACUGGCCACUGAGAUCCCUCCUGCUCUGCUGCUGGGCCUCUCAAGUAGCACCACCGUCAUCACCAGACUCAACAAGAAGAAAUGGAAACGGCAGCAGGUCGAGUUGUUCUUCGACGUGGUCGCCGUGGAAACUGCAACCGCAGCGCUGGGAAGUCCGAACAAUUUGUCAUCCUCAGUGCUGCAAGGGUUCACGUGCACCAGAGUGAGGACCAUCAAGAGGGGUCAGAUCAACAAGCUGAUCAAAGCCUGUCGGAGGAGAGGCAGGAACAGGGUCAAACUGGUGGAGACUCAGCUGACCUGCAUGUACAGCUACAUCAGAGCAGAAGCCGAUGCCACCAGCUUCGACCUCUAUCCUCCCGACGUGCUGCUGUACUACGAUUACUCUCUGGUGCCGCAGGCCAGCUGCAGGUUUUACUUCCAGCAGCUGGCGGAUGCCGACUUCUCCGUUUUCUCCACCGACCUCAGCUACAAACGGAACGAUCUGUUUACUAAUUGCAGGAGCUGCCUGGGUAUAACAAGCACAAGUUUGACUGAGGAUAAUAUAUCGGUGAUGGGAAACAUGUGCUGCAUUCUGGACGGGUCGUACAUCCAGAACUCCGACCCGUCCAUCUUGGAUAAACUCAACAGCUGCCCAGAGCUCACGGACGCUCAGGCAGCUGCUGUUGAAGCUCUGCUGCAGAGCGGGAAAACAAAAUACGGAGCUCCAUCAACGUGGAAUGAAGAGACUCUGAGGGACCUCGGCAUGUUACCGCUGUAUCUGACUUCAACCUUCUAUGGUAACUUUGACAAAAAAACAAAGAGGAGUUUCCUGAGAUACUUCCUGAGGACCAACAAAGUGGACAGACAGAGGCGAAAGGCGAUGAGGAGGGAAAUAAGAAAGUCUGAUAAAAAGAAGUCAAAGCGAUCUCUGGCAAGCGAGUGCACUGUGGGAAACAUCACCAUGGUGACCAUCAGCGAUGAGACGUUCCCCUUCGACUACGACGACAUCAACCAGUUCGACUUCUGCCUCAGUGCCGCCACUGUGAAGAACAACCUGGAUGCAAUCACUCAGAAGGUGGACCAGGAGGAAUACCUCGCCAUUGUUCUCAGAAAGCUGACAGAGGCUUACGCUGCCUCCAUCCCAGAGAGUCAGGUUCAGCUCUUAGGCCCAGCGUCCCGUGUGGCCAGUAAAGAUGACAUCAGCAAGUGGAGCAUCACUCAGAUCGACACGCUCUCUGCGUUGAUGGACUCGACAAACGGCCCGUGGGACCCGAGCCUGGCGGAGGCCAUCAUCUCUAAAUAUCUGAGUAAGGAAGGGAACGAACUGGGCAGCGCUGAGCUCAACGCCAUCGGAGGAGCCAACCUGUGCUCUCUGGACGCCGACGUUUUGAGGAACAUUUCCCAGCAAAGCCUCAAAGACGCCAACGCCCUGGACGUGUCCAACUGCACCACAGAGAAGAAGACCGUCCUGUUCAACAUCGCCAGUCAAGCGUUCGCCACAAACACGCGUUCUCAAACUAUCUCUCUUUCCUCCUACCAGCUCACAAAAACGUACCUCGGGGGCGCAAAUGUGAGCUACGUCCGAAGUUUGUCGGCCUCCAACGUCAGCAUGGACAUGGACACCUUCACCAGUCUGGAUGGGAGCGUUGUACUGCAACUGUCAGUUGAUGAAGUUCAAGGUCUUCUCGGCCAGAAUGUGGCAGAAUUGAAGUCCUAUGAAAACCAAACGCUGGUACAGAGUUGGAUCAGGGCGCAGCCUCAGUCACAGCUCAACACACUCGGACUGGAUCUUACCGGAGGCAGGGCUGACACGACAACCGCCACUCCAACCACCUCCAACGCUGCGAGCUCCACUACUGUGGCCACCGGCUCUACAACCACCUCCAACUCUGCAGGGGCUUCUACAACGACGAACGCCGGCUCUACAACCACCUCCAACUCUGCAGGGGCUUCUACAACGACGAACGCCGGCUCUACAACCACCUCCAACUCUGCAGGGGCUUCUACAACGACGAACGCCGGCUCUACAACCACUUCCAACUCUGCAGGGGCUUCUACAACGACGAACGCCGGCUCUACAACCACCUCCAACUCUGCAGGGGCUUCUACAACGACAAACGCCGGCUCUACAACCACCUCCAACUCUGCAGGGGCUUCUACAACGACAAACGCCGGCUCUACAACCACCUCCAACUCUGCAGGGGCUUCUACGACUGUGAACGCCGGCUCUACAACCACCUCCAACUCUGCGACAACUACCGCUGGGUCUGGAUCCGCCGGCACCACAGCAGGAUCGACUGCCACCACCGGCAGCAGUGGCGUUGGCGUCCGUGCCGACGCCGGCUUCUCCGUCCUCGUUCUCCUCGUGCUCCUCGUCACUUCUCAGCACAUUUUUGUGUGAGGAACAAACGUGGCUGUUUAAUCUAAUUAAUAAAUGCACUAUAUAUGUACUAAUAGGAGGGAAAUACUGUCAGACAGCCAGUUACCUCAAACCAUAAGUGACAUAAAACGACAUUUACUACUUGUUGUAAUACAGGUGAAUAACGUAUUCUUGAUUAAUGAACCCUUCAGUGCUCUGACACAUUUAACUUUGCAUUCCUGGUGGUUCAGUUGUUUUAUUCGUUAAAAUGAAGGCUUAAUAGACAAAUGAAUGUGAUUGUUUCUGCUGUAUUUGUGUUGUUGUUAUCCUGCGUUUCCCCCUUUGUUUUUUUAAGAGCAGGCUUGCCUUUAAAAUGAACGACAUGUCUGGAGCUGUGGGACGUUAUUAAUAAACUCAGAUUGUAUGUGAUUGCAAAAUCA